CACUGAUGGGUGACACUGAAAGGCAGCUCAGAUGGGCACUGAUAUGUGGCAUUGAUGUGCACUGGUAGGCACUGAUAUGUGGCACUGAUGGGCACUGGCAGGUGGCAUGGAUGAGCACUGACAGCUGGCACUGAUGGUCACUGACAGAUGGCACUGCUGGGGCUACACAGAUCAUCAGGGCACACUGAUCAUCAGUGCCCUGAUGAUCACUGUCAGCGUGACAGCUCGUGAGGAGAGAAAUGCAGAUAACUGGCAUUUCCCUAUUUACAUGCAAUCAGUUGUGAUUGGACACAGCUGAUCACAUGA